AUGCUCCAAGCACUUGGAGGGACAGUGCCCCCGAACACUGACCAUGCUGUCAGUGUAUCGUUACCUACCUGGAGGGCCAACGUCGGCUACGAAGAAGGUGAAGACUGGGUUAUCAGUAAAAUGGUAUGCGGCUACCCCCGGUUCUUCGUGCACCCCAGCAUCCAGAAACUCGCCCAAGAAAUCAUUCGCCGUCACGGAAACCCAGAAACAGAGACGGCGACUCUCUUCGCCUCUGUCAAAACCGCCCUCCUUUGCCAAUCGUUCAUCCUCUCCAAACUGCCCGCCGAGGACGCCCGCAAAGUCCGCAUCGUGAACUUUAUUCCCUCCCCGCAUGCCGAGGCCGGACCAACAACAGUCACUUCCUCCUUGUCGGCCGUUAUAUACCCGAAGGAACAUGCUCCCAUUUCUAAGCAAGUGUGGCAGCAUUCUGGUAAUGGAAUUUCGAGCCGAAGAGGCGAGUUUUGUCUGCGUGCCUUGGAGGACGGAUUCUUGGUAGAAGAGAAGGUCCCCGCCACAUCGGCCGAGUCAUUGUCGCAACGACCCUGUAAGGGACCUAGGAGAUACCAGGGAAAAGGCUCCAUCACUGGAAUCACGCGUAGUCCUCCUGCGGAGGCAUCUCCCUUGGCUAACGGCGUGGAGGAUGGUCGGGACUAUGCUCAGUUCAUUGAGGAACGCUUCGGCCGAAACCUUAGCACCAUGCUUGCAAACCAAGCCAAGCUUGCCGUGAGAAAGCGCAUCUCGGGUGUCCUAACUGCUGAUGUCGAGCUGCCAGAAGCUCUUGAAGCGGACUCGGCUGAAGGUCGCGUUGCUGGUAUCUCCGAGGACGAUGUUUACCUAUAUCCUUCUGGAAUGAGCGCCAUCUUCAAUGCUCAUCAAACACUUCUGGCCUCUAGAGGCCAAUUGAAAAGCAUCUGCUUUGGCUUCCCUUAUACCGAUACCUUGAAAAUUCUCCAGAAAAUGGGGGCCCGGUUGUUUGACCUAGACGACCUGGAAGCGCGACUAAAGAAUGGCGAACGCUUCCUUGGACUUUUCCUUGAGGCUCCUGGAAACCCUCUUCUGAGGACUCCUGACCUUGUUCGCAUUCGUUCCCUGGCUGAUAAAUACGACUUUGCCGUGGUGGUCGACGAAACCAUCAGCAAUUUCAUCAACAUCAAUGUCCUUCGGUACGCGGAUAUUGUUGCUAGCAGUCUUACCAAGAUUUUCAGCGGUGACAGUAACGUCAUGGGUGGAGGUGCAGUGCUUAACCCUCAAGGGCAGUACUACAAACUCCUGAAAGAAACUUAUGAACGGGACUAUGAAGAUAUUUACUGGGCGGAGGAUGCUGUUUUCUUGGAGCGAAACAGCCGGGACUUUGUGGCAAGAAUCGACAAGAUCAAUUCUACCUCUGAGAACAUUACGGCCAUGCUAAAGGAUUCGCCACUAAUCAAGGAAGUCCAUUACCCCAAAUACAGCCCGACACGACCCAUUUAUGAUAGCCUGCGCAACCCUAACGGCGGUUAUGGUGGGCUUUUCUCUGUCACUUUCCACUCAAAUGCCGAGGCAAUUGCAUUUUACGAUACCCUCGAGGUCCUGAAGGGCCCGAGUCUCGGCACAAACUUCACUCUUGCUUCCCCCUACGUUCUCCUGGCUCACUACGGUGAAUUGGAAUGGGCGAAAUCUUUCAAUGUGGACCCUGACCUGGUUAGAAUCAGCGUCGGACUCGAGGAGGUAUCAGACUUGCGUUCCAGGUUCAAGACUGCACUGGACGCGGUGGAAAGGGCACGGAAAUAG